GUAUGCAUCCCCCUAUCGGCCUAAUCCUCGAACGUUACGUUCCCAAAGGUGGCAUUAUGAUGGGCAACCACUAUUUCCCGGAGGGCACGAUUGUCGGCAUCAACGCAUGGGUCACCGCCCGAGAUAGAAGAGUAUACGGUGAAGACUGCGACCAAUUUCGACCGGAGCGAUGGCUGGAAGCGCCAGAGGAACAGCUGACGGCGAUGGAAAGAGCUAACUUGGCGUUUGGACAUGGAAAGCGCGGCUGCUUGGGGAAGAACAUUGCUCUAUUGGAAAUUUCGAAAUUGGUGCCGCAGUUGCUGCGCCGUUACGAGUUCUCGUUGGCCCGGCCCGACCUGAAAUGGAAAGUUCGCGGCGGCUGGAUGGUGCGACAAGAGGGUGUGGUCGUAACCGUCAGCAAGCGGACGGGUAGCUUAAGCUCUUGACCGCUCUUUUUUCAAGUCGGCCGUUCGCAGGCCGAUUAUGAGGAAAAUAGGUAAGGAAAAGCGUUUGUCGUCGCGGAGAGCUUUGCACGUGGGGUCACCGGAGUUUGAUUUGACGCUGUGGUGGAUUGGAAAGCAGAAGCUUGCCACAGGCUCUUCAGACUGUCAGGACUUUAAACACACAGCACUAACUAUAUAAUAUCGUUGUCG